AUGAGGAUGGACUGGAUAAAGAAUUCGACUGGUCCUGGAACGGAGGACACAUUUCCUGUAGGAAACGCCUGCGGUUACUUUUUGAAUGCUACCAGCGACAACCCAGUUCUCAUGUCCGGAUUUCGAGUAGAGAAUGGUACAGACACAUCCCAUGGAGAAACACUCCUUAUGCGCACUCUACCGCUUGUUACAAACCCGUCCAGGCAACCAUUAUAUGGCGGAUCUAUAAACUUUAAGCACAUACAGUACCCCCUUCUGGACACACUUGUUGUGAGCUCCCCGGAUGGUACCGCAGCCAGCGUCUAUGAGAAGAAGAUCCCUAUCGCCCAGGAAUGUAUGCUGUCAUGGUGUGUCAAAACACUUCGCUCUUCCUACUCGAACGGAGGAUAUGAAGAGCAAGUGAUAGAGACGUUCAUGAACACAACCAGCGCGGAGGAGUGGCCAUGGUGGACAGAGGACCACCCGGAAAUACAAGUGACCGAUACUGAGUUCAGAGCGAACAUCAGCAUACUUCCGCCGUCUAUAAAGACCAACGCGAUUCCUUUCGGAGUUUCCAACGUCACGAUCCUGGACAUCGUCGUAAUCCUCGAUGAGAUCUUCCCUUCGUUUCUUACGGUUGCCAACUCGACGGCGCAGCCUUUUAUCAAGAUCAGGACUAGCGCUGUUGACAAUGUCUUCUUCCGUUCCGUGCGUUUCAGCCCUUGGCUUGCUCCUAACAACGUUACUUACCACAUGGAACGAAUGGCCCAGGCCAUGACCAACGUCAUUAGAUCAGACGCAGGUAGCAACGAGCUGAUCACUGGUGCUGCCUAUGCCCUCGAGACUUACGUAGCAGUUCACUGGGCGUGGCUCACUUUCCCUCUGAUCAUGCUACUUCUAAGUAUCGUUUUCCUGGUCGCCACCAUGUUGAAGACUUCGAGUCAUAGUCACGGCGACAUUGGCACUUGGAAAACGUCAGCGAUGCCGACGCUGAUGUAUGGUCUUCCACCAGAUAUUCAGAGGGGCAUCAUCUCAACCACGAGCUCCGGUGGAGCCACGCACAAAGGCUCCCGUAAGGUGCGAAUCAGGCUGUUGCCAAGACAAGGCUGGAGGGUGUCUGGGCAGGUUCAGCCCGUACCCUCGGCUCCUCCGGGUUUCAUAUGA